AUGACCGUUGUGGCAGCUGUCCCUGCUGCUGCCCACUUCCCUGCAGCUGCCCACUUCCUUGCUGCUGCCCCCUUCCCUGCUGCUGCCCACUUCCCUGCAGCUGCCCACUUCCUUGCUGCUGCCCCGUUCCCUGCUGCCUCCCACUUCCCUGCAGCUGCCCACUUCCCUGCAGCUGCCCACUUCCUUGCUGCUGCCCCCUUCCCUGCUGCUGCCCACUUCCCUGCAGCUGCCCACUUCCUUGCUGCUGCCCCCUUCCCUGCUGCUGCCCACUUCCCUGCAGCUGCCCACUUCCUUGCUGCUGCCCCCUUCCCUGCUGCUGCCCACUUCCCUGCAGCUGCCCACUUCCCUGCAGCUGCCCACUUCCAUGCUGCUGCCCCCUUCCCUGCUGCGGCCCCCUUCCCUGCUGCUGCCCACCUCCCUGCGGCUGCCCCCUUCCCUGCUGCUGCCCCCUUUCCUGCUGCUGGCCCCUUCCCUGCUGCUGUCCCCUUCCCUGCUGUUGCCCACUUUCCUCCUGCUGCCCACUUCCCUACAGCUGCCUACUUUCAUGCUGCUGCCCACCUCCCUGCGGCUGCCCCAUUCCCUGCUGCUGCCCCCUUCCCUGCUGCUGUCCCCUUCCCUGCUGCUGCCCCCUUCCAUGCUGCUGCCCACAUUCCUGCUGCUGCCCACUACCUUGCUGCUGCCCAUGUCCUUGCUGCUCGCGUCGACGGCAGUUAUCUCUGA